GUGUUGACCAUCCAACUUUGUUGUUUUUCUUUGCAGAUUUGCAUCAUUUAUCACGUGCAAUGGCUCAAAUGGGAUUUAAGGGGAAGAAUCAUUUUUGCAUCACAGAAGAAACAUGACAUUAUUGAUUUUUAAAUGUAUUUUAUUGAUUGUUUUACAGAGGGGAAGGGAGAGGGAUAGAGAGUUAGAAACAUCCACGAGAGGGAAACAUCUAUCAGCUGCCUCCUGCACUCCCCCCACUGGGGAUGUGCCCGCAACCAAGGUACAUGCCCUGGACCAGAAUCAAACCUGGGACCCUUCAGUUCAAAGGCCGACGCUCUAUCCACUGAUCCAAACUCGUUCGGGCAAAACAGGACUUUAUUAAUGACACAGUGGACCCACAGGCGGUCUUGCCUAGGAGAAGGGUCUUUGGGCAGGAAUUCUCGGCUGGCCUUUGUUAUAUUCAUAGCUAGAAACCCAGUGGUUUUUUUCGGUUGCCCAUUCCUCACCCAAUUAUGCUUGUUUGUGCUAAUUGUUUUUAUUUUGCCAACUUCUCAGUUCUAAUAGUGAUCCUUUCUUGGAUUCCCAGCCCACAGAUAACGUUCACCUCUCUGGACUUUGCACGUCUGACUCUUUUACUGGUCUCUCUUUAUUGCAAGCCAACAUUGGUCCAUGCCUGCAGCACCUUGAAGUGCACACAUGUUAUUAUAUGGAUGUUGAACGUCAUGUGCUCUAAUACAAUUAAUUUCUAUGACUUUGAGCAGUUUUAUAUUAUUCUACACAGACUCACAUGGCCAGCAUGUAACGUCCAAAUAGAAGCCAUUGGUUCAGGAACUUCCUCUGUUCUUUGUAUCCCGUCCUGUGCUUCUGUCCCUCAAUUGGUUUGUUUUACAUCAUCAACUGACUUUUGGGCCACAAUAUGUAUAACAGUGAUUUCCUCAGAGGAUACCUCACUGGUCCUUAAAAUCUUUCUAUGGCAUCAUGCCUAGUCAUGACAGAUAAACAUUCGUGGUGAAGAUAUUUUGUUUUGAUGGGAUCGACACAUACUUCACCAGUGUUUCCUUUUGUUCAGGUUGCUGCUGUGAAGCAGAGAAUGUGGAGGCAGCGACUGAAAAGAAUGUUUCUGUAAGAGUGUCACAGGAAACGAAUCCCACGUUAGCCUUGUCUUCCCAGAAGAGCCACCCCUGUGAGAGUUGUGGACUAGUCUUGGGAAACAUUUUCCACGUGAUGGAGCUGCAGGGAACACACCACGGACAGAUACUGUUGAGGUGUGGGGCAUGUGCAAAACGGUUUUAUUUCACUAUAAAAUUUCACCAGCAACAUGUGAGAGAGAGGACUUUCAUUAGAGGUGUGGACAGGAUCUCCCUUGCAAACAGCUGCAAUUUCAAUGUGUCCCAGAAUCGUUUCUCAUUUGUAGAGGUUGGGCAGGGUGUCCUUACUGAAUCAGGACAUCUCCACCUAAAGGCCAGGGACAGUCCAAAUGCUAUUUUGACACAGGGAAUGACAUUUCAAAGGACAAAAAUUUAUUACCCCAGAGAAGAAUGUAAGAAAAACAGUACCUGCAAACACACGUUUAUUCAGGAAAAAGAUUUCAAUGUUGGAAGUCGAUGUUUUGUGUGCUCUGAAUGUGGGAAAUAUUUUACCAAAUUUUCUAGCUUUUAUCUUCCACAGCAAGGUCACACUGGAGACAGUCCUUAUCAGUGCAGUGAAUAUGGGAAAGCUUUUAGCAGUAGUAACAGCCUAGGUGAUCAUGAAGCUUUGUACACUAAUGAAAGGCCUUAUGAGCGUAGUGAAUGUGGAAAAUCUUUUACCAAUAGCAGUGCCCUCCAUUAUGAUCAGAGAGUUCUCACAGCAGAAAAGCCUUAUGAGUACAGUGAGCGGGGAAAAUCUUUUACCAGGAGUAGUAACCUUCAUUGUCAUCAGAACAUUCACACUGGUGAAAAGCCUUAUAUAUGUAGUGAAUGUGGGAAAGCUUACACCUAUAGGACUAAACUUUUUCGUCAUCAGAGAGUGCACACUGCAGAGAGACCUUAUCACUGCAGUAAAUGUGGGAAAUCUUUUAUCACCAGCAGGAAACUUAAUCGUCAUCAGAUAGUUCAUACAGAAGAAAAGCCGUAUAAAUGCAGUGAAUGUGGGAAAUGUUUUAUCACUAAGGCCCAACUUCACAAUCAUCAGAGAGUUCACACAGGAGAAAAGCCUUAUAAAUGCAGUGAAUGUGGGAAAUCUUUUACCACUAAGGCCCAACUUCACAAUCAUCAGAGAGUUCACACAGGAGAAGAGCCUUAUAAAUGCAGUGAAUGUGGGAAAUCUCUUAGCACUAAGGCCCACCUUCAAACACAUCAGAGACGUCACACUGGAGAAAAGCCUUAUAACUGCAGUGAAUGUGGGAAAUCUUUUACCACUAAGUUUCAACUUCACCGUCAUCAGAGCGUUCACACAGGAGAAAAGCCUUAUAAAUGCACUGAAUGUGGGAAAUCUUAUACCAGUAAGACUGACCUUUGUCGUCAUCAGAGAGUUCAUACAGGAGAAAAGCCUUAUAAAUGCACUGAAUGUGGGAAAUCUUAUUCCAGUAAGACUGACCUUUGUCGUCAUCAGAGAGUUCAUACAGGAGAAAAGCCUUAUAAAUGCACUGAAUGUGGGAAGUCUUUUAUCACCAGCAAUAAUCUUCGUCGUCAUCAGAGAGUUCAUACAGGAGAAAAGCCUUAUAACUGCAGUGAAUGUGGGAAGUCUUUUACCACUAAGGCCCACCUUCACAGUCAUCAGAGAGUUCACUCUGGAGAAAAGCCUUAUAAGUGCAGAGAAUGUGGGAAAUCUUUUACCUCUAAGUUCCAGUUUAACAAUCAUCAGAGAGUUCACGCUGGAGAAAAGCCUUAUUAAUUUAGUGAAUGUGGGAAAUAUUUUGCAGGUCGCAAUGGUCUCCAAUAUCAUCUAAGUUCAUACAAGAGAAAAGCCUUAUAAAUGCAGUGACUUUGGUAAAUUUUAUACCAGUAGCACCAACCUUCGCUGUCAUCAGAGAGAUCAUACAGGAGAAAUUGCUUAUAAAUGCAGUGAAUGUGGACAAUCUUUUACAACUGUCUCUCAGCCUCAUUGUCAUCAGAGAGUUCACACAAGAGAAAAUCCUAAUGAGUGUAAUUAAUAUGAGAUCUCUUUCUGCCCAAUUUGUAAAUUCGCUUUGCACAAAAGAGUCCAAAUGUGAAAAAUUUCUUAGAUGUGUUGAAAAUGUAGUUUCUUAGUUAGGACUUUACAAUUGUAUAAGAAAAUAUGUGAAGUCUCGUUAGUCUGAAUUUUAGUUCAUACAUUUAAUCACCUACAUUAUGUAACAUUCCCGCAACUAUUUUUGCUCUUCUGUUUUCUUGUUUGUAUGUUUUAACCGUAUGUAUGUAUGUUGGACUGUUAAACAUACAGAGUUGUCUUGCCAGAUCUGUGUCAUUUCAUAUUUAUGUUGCUGAAGGUAUUUCACUUGAACCACGUAUAAAGGCCCCUACAGUUAGCCUCAAUCACCUUCCUCAUGGGCCCAGGGAAGCUAACUCUGUUGUCUAAUUUGUUGAAGAAAUUUAGGAAUACCUGGGCCCUUGGUGUUACUUGUUUCUCUGUCAUGAUUUGCCACAGAGGACUGAUUACUGUUGGCCCCAGUAAACAUAAUCUUGCAGAGGACCUCCCAUUUUCAGGGACAGUCUUUCUGUAAAUUCCAUUGAUGAAUUUAUUGAGUGCCUAAGUAACCAAUGAAAGAAAUGCCAGUAUCACGGCUCUUUCUUUGCAAAAUAAUGAAGCCUUUUCCCUAAGAUUUCUUUCAUGUUGGGUGUUCAAUUGACUCCAUAGGUUAGUUUAUAAGGAGAUAUGGGCUCUCCAAGCAUGAUGAUGUGAAAAACUUAUAUGGGGUCUCAAACAUUUUUGCCCCUGGGGGAAUACUAUGGUGCAGAAAUUAGCUCAGCGGUUUUUGCUAAAUUUACAUUGCUGGCCAUAAUUUCCCAGGAAACACUGUAGUCUCUCUAGUCCUCAUGUGAUGCUGGAUGCAUUGAGACACAGAGACUACU